AUGACGACCCAUAAUAAUAUUCUUGAUGAGUUUCUUCUUUGUGAUGAAGCAUGGGACAUGAGUCCGGUGUCUUCUUCUUCUCAUUCUCAACAUGAUUACGCGUUGCGAAAUCGCGAUAACAUUAUUCAUCCGAUUACACAACAUGAUAUCAAACACUCGUUUGAUACAUGUGUACAAAAAGAAGUUAAGUAUAUGACCGGAUUGGGUUACAUAAACCUUCUUGAAUCGAAUGGUUUCGUUGCGGAGUGUAGAUUGAAAGCCAUCCAUUGGUUCAUUCAUCGUCAAAGACGGUUUAAUUUCGGUAUAGGGACUGUGUUUAGCGCGGUGAAUAAUGUUGAUCGGUUUAUCGACAUGAAUAAAUGUGAUGGGUGGAGUUAUUGGAUGAUGGAAUUGCUUUCAUUGGCUGCUUUGUCAAUUGCUGUUAAAUUUGGUGAAACUUGUCCUCCCACAUUGCAUGAAAUUCAGAAGGAGGGUUUAGAAUAUUCUUUUGAAGUAAAAUUGGUCCAAAAGAUGGAAAUGAAGAUAUUGAAGUCUUUAGGAUGGGAAGUUAAUGCUAUCACUCGAUACUCGUAUGUCGAAUUGAUCGAAUGGGAAUUGAAACAACAUUUCAAGCCCAUCGAUCGAUUUAGGCUCGAUGAAAUUCUUACGGCAUCUUCUCUUGAUUUCAAAUUGCUCGAAUACCGACCAUGUGUUAUCGCGGUGAGCGCACUCAAAUGCAUUCUUGAAGAUGAAAUAUGUCUUUCCCAGAUCACCGGCUUCAUCCCUACCGAUCAAAAGAAAAAGAUACAACCUUGCUACAACAAGAUGCAAGAAAUCUUGGUUGGAUACUCGAAAUCCGAAUUAAACCGCAACCCUUCGAGUCCGGAUACCGUAUUAACCAAGGAACUACAAGUUCCUAUAUCUAUGGAACAAAUGGAUCUUUCUUUCAUGGAUGGGCCUGCAACGAAGGAAAAACUCAAGAGAAAGAGGGGACAAGGACAACAUGAUGAUCAUUGUGUGAUCAUGAACAAGAAACAUGUAAAUUAA